GCCACCAUAUAUGUUGGUGGUCUGGAUGAAAAAGUCAAUGAGGGCAUUCUCUGGGAACUCUUCGUCCAGGCAGGUCCUGUUGUAAAUGUCCACAUGCCUAAGGAUCGCAUCACCCUGAAUCACCAAGGAUAUGGCUUUGUGGAAUUCCUUGGGGAAGAGGAUGCAGAUUAUGCCAUAAAAAUAAUGAAUAUGAUCAAGCUUUUUGGGAAGCCUAUUCGUGUCAACAAGGCAUCAGCACAUCAAAAGAACUUGGAUGUUGGAGCCAACAUCUUCAUUGGUAAUUUGGAUCCAGAAGUGGAUGAGAAGCUUCUUUAUGACACAUUCAGUGCUUUUGGUGUCAUUCUCCAAACACCCAAGAUCAUGAGGGAUCCAGAUACUGGAAACUCAAAGGGCUUUGCUUUCAUCAACUUUGCAAGCUUUGAGGCCUCGGAUGCAGCCAUUGAGGCCAUGAAUGGUCAGUAUCUGUGCAACAGAGCCAUCACUAUUUCAUACGCCUUCAAGAAAGACUCCAAGGGAGAGAGACACGGAUCGGCAGCAGAACGUCUCCUGGCCGCUCAGAAUCCUCUGUCUCAUGCUGAUCGGCCUCACCAGCUCUUUGCCGAUGCCCCACCCCCUCCAAUGCAACCUCCUCCACCCCCUCCUCCAGGUGGAGCCCCACUCCCACCUACUUUCCCCCAGGGUCACAAUGCGAUGGGACCUCCCCCGAUGAGCGGACACAUGCCUCCCAUGCCACCUGGCAUGAUGGGUCACAUGCGGAUGCCACCUCCUCCACCGCCCGGAAUGCAGCCUCCACCUCCUCCUAUGCCACCCUCCCAACAUGGCAUGCAGGCUGGAAGCUCUACUUCGGGAAUGCAUCCACCAAUGCCUCCUUCCAUGAGUGGCCAAUCAAUGUCAUCAAUGGGGGGACCUCCCAGAAUGAUGUGGCAAGGGGGACCACCCCCUCCUCCAGGACCUCCUCCACCACCAGGUAUGAGAGGAGGACCUCCACCACCACCACCACCUCCGCCACAGAUGCAAGGCAUGAGAUGGGGAGGUCCAGGACCAGGUGGGGCACCUCCACCUCCUCCUCCACCCGGGCCACCCCGCAGCAUGAGUGCAGGAUACCAGAGACCGCCGUAUCCUCCGGGGCCUCCCGUCCGAGGCCCGCAGCCACCCCCUCCCCCUCCACCACAGUUGAGAGGAGCCCCCCCUCCUCCACCCUGGGGUGUGAGACCCCCACCCCCCUCUCAGCCACCCGAAUAAUUCCAAG